GGGCCUUGUAGGUCCUGGCGCUGCUCGUGACACGUAACUCUAAUGUGAGGUGUCUCCUGUCUUCCUUGACGUGAUUGAGAUUACCAAAUCCAUCAGUUUCGAAGACAAAUUCUAAAAUGAACUAACAACCUGGCGCUCUCAUACUGUCCUAGUCAGUUAUCCAUCAAGACCUGGAGUAAAUUGCCAGGGAAAAGGAGUGCGACCCCAAGCAUUAUUAAAUGACAAAGUUUCGCUAAGGUUUACUACUAGCCACUGGGAUAUCUGGAAAAAUGUGAUAAUAUGGUUAUUAAUAUAUACCUUGCUUAGACAGUCCAGUAUGAGUUGCAGUGGGACUGGCGUGCCUUUGUAACUGUAAGACGUAAAUACCUCAAAUGAUGAAGCCAUUAGUUACUGUAAAUUGCUUACGCAUCCUAUUUUUGAUGACAAUUAGAAGUGGAAAUACUGGAACUCCGAUGCCAAACUCGCCUAGUAUCACUGUUUGUAAAGUUUAGCUUAUAAAUAUCUGUAUCUCCCUCUCAACCCCCACACAACGCCUCAAAUUUGAAUGCACUUGGACCACUUUGAAGCCUGCUGAGAGUUUGUAAUGCUGACGUGGCUGUCUCGGACGCAGUUCUACGGCAGCAGUUUGAGCAGGGAGUGGACUGUACUGUUAUGUUGUGCCGAGCCAGAGUUUCGAACGUACGGGACAGCGGCGCGCACGCACGAAAUGUGUCACGGGACAAGAAGCUACGAAGCACUGCUAUCAGUGACGUGCUGACAAUGUGUGGGCCACAAGAGUAUCCACUUGCAGAGCCACAGCAACAUAAGUAACUUACGUAUUUCUGAGCGAUCGAAAACGUCUGCACUUUAGAAGCUUAACACCGCGAGUCCACACUUCCGUGACGAACUGCUACAGCAGUCGUCGCGGUAUGUGUGACUUCAUCAUGGAGUUUGCAGACGAUUCUAUUCCACAGUGAUAACGUUCUGAUUUUCUGUGGUAUAUUUACAUCGUAGGUGACAUGUCGAGUGUGGUGAACUGUCCCUAUUCCAGUGAUGCUCAGGUAGUGGAGCUGGUGAAGCGUGUUUAUGGCCUUGUCCCAUCUACGGUCAAGCCCUUGCCCAGCUAUUUGGAUCAGAAUUUCCACCUGGAGGUUGCUGGCUUAGGAGACUUUGUGCUGAAGAUCAUUAACUAUUUGGAGGGUCGUAAUCCAGAGGUGCUUGAAGGCAUGCUGAGUGCCAUGAUGAAGCUAAAUGAGAAAGGGCUGCCCACUCCAGUCCCCCAGACCUCCUUGGAUGGGAAGCGUGUCUCUGUGGAGUCCAUUGAGUACAGCUCUAACUCUCAUCAGCACAUGGUGGUAAUGCUUACAUACCUGCAAGGAACACCCAUUGCAAAGAUCAAGUCUAGCCCUCAGCUCUUGUAUGAAAUUGGAAGGAUGGCAGCAAGAGUGGACAGUGUCCUGACAGAGCUGGACAGCUCUUAUGUGAAGGCCCUGAGCCGUAAUGAUUUCAUUUGGAACCUCACCAAUGUCCCACUGCUGGAGCAAUACCUGUGGCACAUCAAGGACAACACAUUGAGGGAGGUGGUGGCCGCUGUUAUCCAGCAAUUUAAGGAGAGGAUAGAGCCUAAUUUGCCAGGUUUUCGUAAAUGUGUCAAUCAUGGGGACCUGAAUGACCACAACAUCUUAGUGAUGCCUGAGGAGGAUGGUUUAGAUAAGCCUGUGUAUAAAAUCUCAGGGAUCCUGGACUUUGGUGACAUGAGCUAUGGUUUCUAUGUGUUUGAGGUUGCCAUAGUUAUCAUGUACAUGAUGAUUGAGAGUCCAGAGCCCCUAAAUGUUGGAAGUCCUGUUCUUGCAGGCUAUGAGAGUAUGAUACCACUGAAUGCUGCUGAGAGGGAUGCCUUAUACCUUCUGGUUCUUUGCCGCUUCUGUCAGUCCUUAGUGAUGGCCAGCUACAAUGUGGUUCUACAUCCAGAAAAUGAGGAGUAUCUGAUGAUUACUGCUCGCUCGGGCUGGAGACUCCUGUUGCAACUUUGGAAAAUGGGAAAGGAGGCUGCAGAGGAGUUGUGGUUUCGGCCACAUAAGGCAGACAUCUGAAUGGACAGCCUUCCAAAAUACCUGAAACACAUCUGAAUCUCUUGCUCCCGAUUUUAGCUAAUGGCUGUCUUUCCUGGUAAUUCCAGAUAAAAUAAGGAGUUAUAAAAUGUGUCCCGAUUUACAUUCUUGGGAAGCCAGUUACUUAGUCUUAAUAUUGUGA